AUGUGGCAGUUGUUGGAUUUUCGCGACGGUGGCGAGCAUCCGAAUCAGUUCACGCAAUCAAGAAGAUGCAAUUGGUGUGGAUUGAUAAAAUACUCACUUUCCGAGCACGGAGUUGAGUUGACUGUGAGCACGAUCAAAAGGGGAUGCAAUGGCGGAUAUCGACCAUAUGCUUUCAAAGAAAACGGUCUCGUUGAAGAGAAAGCCUAUCCUUACACGGGAAAAGACGGUAGAAACGAUUGCAAGCUGGCCACCAAUGGAAACGGUUGGGUUUUGAGAAGUGGAUCUGCAUUGAUGACUACAAUAUUCUCUCGAAAAACGAAGACGCCAUCGCUGAUUGGAUUGCCUCCAGGACCGGCUUCUUUCGGCAUGAGCGUCACAAAAGCCUCUCUUCUCCUAUCGAUCUGGAAUCUUCCACCAACCAACCGAGGAGUGCUCGGAAAAUAUCAAUGGAUCUCAGCAGUGACCAUCAUUGGAUUACGG